AUGGCCGGUCGCUCGCUCGUCCUCCUUGGCCUGCUCGGCGCCACUGCCGUCACCGCCCACCCCUACCACCAGCCCCAGAUCGACCCGAGUGGCAGCAGUGUGGCCCGCCGCGGCAUCGACCUGACUGCCUUUGCGCCCCCUGCCCGCGCCGAGUACGUCAACUCCGAGGGCACUGCGUCCAAGGGGUCCUUGAAGCUCCUCCGCCGUGAGACCUACGUCGAGACCGCCUCGGCCGUUGUCAAGGAGGCUGCCCCCAACGCGCAGUUCCGUGUCGUCGAGGACCACUACGUCGGCACCAACGGCGUGGCUCACGUCAACUUCAAGCAGACUGUCAAUGGCAUUGACAUUGACAAUGCCGACUUCAACGUCAACAUUGCCGCCGAUGGCUCUGUCCUGUCCUAUGGCAACAGCUUCUACACUGGCGAGCUCCCCAGCUCCCUCACCAGGCGCGAGGACCUGAACCCCGUGGCGGCUCUCGACCAGGCCGUCACCACCUUCCAGCUCCCCAUUGAGAAUGCUGCUGCUGCCAGCGCGGAGCCCACCGAGGGUGCCGACGACUUUGUCCUGACUGGCACCAACGGUGCCCAGUCGGACCCCAAGGCCCGCCUUGUUUACCUUGUCAAGAGCGACAACAGCCUUGCCCUGACUUGGCGUGUCGAGACGGACGUGCUCGACGACUGGCUGCUGACCUAUGUCGACGCCGAGAACAACAGCGAGGUCCACAGCGUCGUCAACUACGUCGCCGAGGCUGGGUUCCAGGUCUAUCCCUGGGGUGUCAACGACCCUACCGAGGGGUCCCGCGUGACCCUGACGGACCCGGCGAACCAGCAGACAUCCGAGUUUGGCUGGUUCAGCACCGGCACGACAUCGUACACCACCACGCGCGGCAACAACGCCAUUGCCCAGGAGAACCGCGACGGCGACAGCGCGUACUUGAACAACUACCGCCCCACUUCGUCCUCGCUCAACUUCUCGUACCCUUACUCUCUCACCCAGACCGACUACAAGGCGUACCAGGACGCCUCCAUCGCGCAGCUGUUCUACACUGCCAACACCUACCACGAUGUGCUCUACACUCUCGGCUUCACUGAGGCGGCAGGCAACUUUGAGCUGAACAACAACGGCCAGGGCGGCAAGGGCAACGACGACGUGACCCUCAACGCGCAGGACGGCGCCUUCACCAACAACGCAGACUUUGCCACGCCGGCGGACGGCUCGAAGCCGCGCAUGCGCAUGUACAUCUGGACCAAGACGACGCCCUACCGCGACUGCACGUUCGAGGCCGGCGUCGUCAUCCACGAGUACACGCACGGCCUGUCGAACCGCCUGACCGGCGGGCCCGCCAACUCUGGCUGCCUCAGCUCGACCGAGUCGGGCGGCAUGGGCGAGGGCUGGGGCGACUACAUGGCGACGGCGAUCCGCCUCAAGGCCAGCGACACGGCGGCGACGUCGUACACGAUGGGCGCCUGGGUCAACGGCGGCGCGGGCAUCCGCGCGUACCCGUACUCGACCUCGCUCACGACCAACCCGCAGACGUACAAGACGGCCAACGGGCUCAGCUCGGUCCACGCCAUCGGCACCAUCUGGGCCAACAUGCUCUACGAGAUGACCUGGGGCCUCAUCGCCAAGUACGGCAAGUCGGUCGCCACCUUCCCUACCUUCGACUCCAAGGGCGUCCCCACCGACGGCAAGUUCCUCGCCAUGAAGCUCGUCGUCGACGCCAUGGCCCUCCAGCCCUGCAACCCCAACUUUGUCCAGGCCCGCGACGCCAUCCUCGACGCCGACAAGGCCCUCACGGGCGGGGUCAACGCCUGCAUCAUCUGGACCGCCUUUGCCAAGCGCGGCCUCGGCGAUGGUGCUCGGUACAGCAGCUCCAGCCGCACCGAGAGCUUCACCGUCAAGUCUGGCGUCUGCUAA